AAGACGAGCACAGACGAGGUUCAGUUGCCUUUGCUUGUUUUGGAUUAUGAACGCCUUUGGACCCCCGAACCAGCAGAGCAGCCCCCUCCAGCACCACACCGCCCAGGACCUCCUGGACAUGGCCGUGUACUGCGAUAAUUACGGUGUUUACCAGCACCAGAACCUCCAUCACCAUCCCCAGAGAGCCGCCAACCACCCCUCCAGCUACGGGCUCAGCGACUAUACCACCCCGCCCACCAACCCCUACCUGUGGCUUAACGGUAGCGGCAUCAACUCCUCCUCCUCGCCUUACCUCCCAGCGGGGAGCAGCGGCUCCACCUACCUGCAGUCCGGGUACAGCUCCGGCCAAAGGCAGCUCCUGACUGCACCCGGAGGCGCUGACCUAGGCUGGUUGUCCAUCUCCAGCCAGCAGGAGCUCUUCAAGAUGGUCCGGCCUCCCUACUCGUACUCGGCUCUGAUCGCGAUGGCUAUCCAGAGCGCUCAGGACAAGAAGCUGACCCUUAGUCAGAUCUACCAGUAUGUGGCCGAUAACUUCCCCUUUUACAAGAAGAGUAAAGCCGGCUGGCAGAACUCCAUACGGCACAACUUAUCUCUCAACGACUGCUUCAAGAAGGUGGCCCGGGACGAGGAUGACCCCGGAAAGGGGAACUACUGGACGCUGGACCCCAACUGCGAAAAGAUGUUCGACAAUGGCAACUUUCGCCGGAAGCGAAAGAGACGAGCCGACAUCACAGCGGUGGAGAAGCCGGACUUAGACGCCCAGCACAAGCUCUCAGACACCGCCAGCUUGCUCAGCUCCUCCCCGCCCAGCCUCCGCGGUUCUCCGGCCUCCACGGAGCCCAGGUCGUCACCGUCCAACUCGGCCGAGCACAGCCCGUGUUUCAACGGCUUCAUGUCCGGCGUCAACUCGCUGCUGGCGGCCAACGUGGGUGGAGCCGAGACCUCUCGGGCUCCGGAACGGGACUUGGGCUCGGGUCACCUCGGGGAGUUGUUCCAAGGCCGAGAGGCCAUGAGCGGACUGGGCUCGUACUCGCCCUCGGUGAUCUCUCCACUGAACUAUGACAACAGAAUGAACUAUUACAACCUUUCCAACCAUUUUACUGUCAACAACCUCGUAUACAGCAGGGAAGGAACUGAAGUUUAAUGUGGAUAUUACACAAAAUAAUCAUAAUUUAUCUAAUUUAGAGUAGACAGCUGUUCUUAUUGUGUUGCUAUUGUUGUUUUGGCAUAUUUGCAAUGUAACAAAUGAUUCAUGUCUGCAAGUCAUCACAACCUUGAAUUAUACUUUUGUAAACUUUUUGUAGCCGUCCUGUACAGAGAUUAUUUUGUAUGUAUUUGUUUUAUU